AUGUUUUCUAACUAUCUUCUUCAACUUGGUUUUCAAUCCAGUAAAGCAGAUACGUCUCUAUUUCUUUUGCCUCAAGGGAAUCAUCUUACUUUGGUUUUGAUAUAUGUAGAUGACAUUGUCAUCACAGGAAGUGAUUCUUCUUAUAUUACUUCUCUCAUUCAAAAGCUUAGUCAAAGGUUUGUUAUGAAGGACUUGGGCACUCUCAAUUAUUUUCUGGGGAUUGAGAUUACAUCUUCUUCUUCUGGUAUUUUUCUGUCUCAAGCAAAGUAUGCUUCAGAACUUCUUGCUAAAGCUGGUAUGAUAGACUGUAAAGGGUCUGAAUCUCCUGCGUCAGUCAAGCCUGGAAUACCAGAUUAUGAUUCACCCUUAGAAGAUGUGUCUUUAUACAGAACUUUGGUGGGUUCUUUACAAUAUUUGACUUUGACACGACCUGAAAUUUCUUUUUCUGUCAAUGUGGCUUGUCAACAUAUGCAUGCACCCAAGCUCAGUCACUUUAUUGCUCUCAAACGCAUCCUUAGAUACAUCAAAGGUUCAAUCCAUCAAGGUCUUCAUUUUGUUCAAGGGCCUCUUACUCUCACAGCCUUUGCAGAUGCUGACUGGGCAGGGGAUCCAGUUGAUAGAAGGUCUACCACGGGUUAUGGUGUGUUCAUGGGUCAUAACUUGGUCUCAUGGUGUGCUAAGAAACAACACACAGUGGCUAGAUCUUCCACAGAGGCUGAGUAUAGAGCCAUGGCUCAAACAGCUAGUGAAUUGGUUUGGUUGCAACAAUUGUUUUCUGAAUUGCUUAUUCCUUCUUCUACACCUCAUGUUUUAUGGUGUGAUAACAAGUCUGCAAUUGCUUUGGCGUGUAAUCCUGUAUAUCAUGCAAGGACUAAGCACAUUGAGCUCGACUAUCAUUUCAUACGAGAACAAGUGCUGAAUAAUCAGGUUGUGUUGUAUCACAUUAAUUCUGAGGCUCAACUAGCCGAUAUUUUCACAAAGCCAUUAUCUGUGUCCAGGUUUCAACUCCUCAAGUCCAAACUCAUGGUAGCUAAUCCUCCCAUGUGUUUGCAGGGGAGUGUGAAGGAGUCCAAUGUAGCAGAUCAGAGCUCCACUACUGCCACGUCACCAGUUGAUUAG